AUGGCCAUUCAACGCAUGCUUAGACGCUCUUUAUCAUCCGAGAAAAGAUCGAACGAAAAGGGAGUCGAAGUCCCAAAAGGACACUUUGCUGUUUAUGUUGGGGAAAAUAUUGACGAGAAGAAGAGAUUUGUUAUUCCGGUUUCGUAUUUGAACCAUCCUUCGUUUCAAGAGUUGCUUGUUCAAGCCGAAGAAGAAUUUGGUUUCGAUCAUCCUAUGGGAGGCCUAACUAUUCCGUGCAGUGAAGAUUUGUUCGUUGAUCUUACAUCCCAUUUGAGGAAAAUGAGAUUAAAUAGGUCUUAG